AUGAAAUUGCUUGGAGCGUCUCUUCUUGGAACAGUUUUCGGCGACGAGGUGUGUUACAGACACAACCAGUGCGAAGUCGGCUGUUUUACAAAUUUGCCGCCUUGGGGUGGGACCGACGCGCGACCUGGCAGCAAAUUGCCCAAUCUCCCAUCUGAUCUUAAUGUCAAUUUCCACCUCGAUACUACAUUAGAAACCGGGGUCAACAUCGAUUAUGGAAACUUUGAUUCUCUAGCUGCAAGUUCUUUCAAUCCAGAAAACCCCGUCUAUUUCAUCAUCCACGGUUAUUUUGACACAGGAGAUGAAGGCUGGCUGCAGCGAAUUUCAGCUUUGAUCCUGGAGCAAGAAAAUGCAAACGUCUUCCGGGUCGAUUGGGGCGAAGGCUCUCGGACUAUCCAAUACGCUCAGGCAGCUACGGACACGCAAGUUGUUGGCGGCUCUGUCGGCUGUCUGAUCAAGGACAUGGAGCCGUUUUUCAGAAGCAUGAACUCGAUGGUCUCCAAAAUCACCUGCAUCGGGCACAGUCUCGGCGCGCAAGCUUGUGGCUACGUCGGUCAAAAUGUCCAAAAACGAUACGGAGUCAAAUUGCCAGUGAUUCACGGACUGGACCCUGCUGAGCCGUAUUUCAAAGAUACUCCAGAUGAAGUUUGCCUGGGAUAUUCUGACGCUGAUUUUGUCUCGGUUAUCCACUCCGAUGCUACUCAAUUUCUCUCGGGAGGCGUCCAAGGUCUUGGACUUUCUUAUCCAGUUGGCCAUGUCGAUUUCUGGCCAAAUAACGGGACAAAUCACCCGGGCUGCGAAGGCGGUCUUUUUGACCAAAUUACGGACAAUGGCGGAAUUUGGGAAGGAUUGAGGGACUUUGCCGUCUGCUAUCAUCAACGAGCGAUCAGAUUUUUUGAAGAAAGUAUUCCGAGAAACUGCAAUUAUAAAAGCUACAAGUGCAAACGAUGGACGGAUUUCUACGAAGGCUACUGUUUGGAAAGUUGGGAUAACAAUCUUCUCCCGGAAAUGGGCUGGAACUCGAUUCAUUACAAAGAUAUUAUGCCAAAGCCGAAUUUGAACGAAGUUUAUUUGAAUACCGGCGACAAAAAGCCAUUCUGUGUCCAUGAAAAUCUUCAGCGACUGUAUUUUAAUGCAAAUACAGAUCGAAAUCUUGAACUAGACUUGGAAAUUCAGUAUCUUCAUUCUUCUGGCUCUCCAAUCACUCUGAAAAUCAACGAGUCUCCAAUAACCCCUUAUGAAGGCUUUCAAAUGCGAACUCCGCUGACUCUCAAAGAAAAUCUCGGAUCCAUCAACUCGCUCUGGGUGAAACUUGAUUUCGCUGGGGGACUGAUCAACCUUUCUCAUUACGCAACAAUCGACAGAAUUUACAUCAAACACGGAGAAGUACAAGAAGAGUCCAUUUACUGCCCGUUAGAAGCUUCGAUGAAAGUCGGUCAAACUUAUAUUUUUGAAAAGUGCCAAUAA